CUGCUUGGUCCUGUACUGCUCUGCACGGCCCUGUGCUCCUCACCCGUUGAGCCUGUCCAGCCAUGUCCGUUGAGGCGGGAGGAUGUACAAGAGGCAGAUGGUUCGGUUGCAAGCCUUGCACCACUCCCAUCUCAUGCCUCGCUCCUAUCGUCCUUCACCAUGAGUCCUGCCACAACCACCAUCAGCGGACAGAUGCCAUCCUCCCAGUCGUGCACAUCCAAGGGAUGCGCAAGCAAUCCGGCGGCUCACAAAGACCGAAGCGGACUCCAACAUCCGCUUGAUCCACUCGAUGAGACUCAGAUGCGCAAUCUGGCCAAGAUCGUUCAGGUCUUCAUUGCCGAAGAGACUGAGAUUCGAGCAUAUAAGCUGCUGACGGCGUACUUGGCCAAUCCACCUAAGGAGUUUGUCUUGGCCGCACUCAAUCUACCCUUGCCUCUCGACGCAAAAGCAGUCUCGCAAGCAGAGGCGCGAAGACUUCUUUCCGCCCGCCACUCAGAGUGUCAGAUCGUUGACGCUCUGACGGGCGAUGCUUACGAGCUAUACGUGGACAUCUACCCGGCACCUGGCAGAGUGACCAAGGUCGUUAAGCUAGAAGAAGGCCUUCAGCCUCCGCUUCACCCCGACGAGCUCGCAGAGGCCGACUUCGCCCUUCGUCGCAAUCCGGACAUCGUCAAGCUCGCCCGUGACGUGGGCGUUGAGCCGGAGCAGAUCUAUGCCGACGGAUGGUCUAUUGGCUGGGACGAUCGAUUCGAGCUUGGACGCAGAGUACAGCAGUGCCUGGUCUACGCUCGUAAAACCCCUCAUGAGAACCUCUACGCACAUCCUAUGGACUUCACUGUCGUUCUCGAUCUUCAGACCCAUGAGGUCAUCUCCAUCGACAUGGGCAAGCACAGAGGCAGGAAAGAAGAGCCCAUCGACGGUCGCCCACCCUCUUCUCUGACCACUGAUCCCGAAGUCGCCCUUGAAUACGCUGGUCGAGAACGCAUCCCUCCGCCGAUGCAGUCCUACGACUACCUCCCAGACCUGAUGGAGCAGGACCCUCGGAUGGCCAAGCCCCGCGAUGAUCUGAAGCCACUGUACGUAGUUCAGCCAGAGGGAGUGAGCUAUACACUGAACGGCAACGAGAUCUCCUGGAGCAAAUGGAAUUUUCACAUUGGCUUUCAUCCUCGCGACGGCCUUACCAUCAAUACUGUCACAUACAAAGACGGCGAUGAGGUCCGCCCGCUCUUCUACCGACUCUCAUGUGCUGAGAUGACUGUUCCAUACGCCGAAACUCUAUUUCCCUCCCCUCGCAAGUUCGCUUUCGACGUCGGAGAGUACUCAAUCGGCACGCUGGCCAACAGUCUUGCCAUCGGGUGCGAUUGCCUAGGCAGUAUCUCUUAUCUCGAUGGCACCUAUGUAGGCCUGGAUGGCAGCCCUGUCACCAUCAAGCAAUGCAUCUGUAUUCACGAAGAAGACGCUGGGCUGGCUUUCAAACACACAGACUACAGAGAAGGCGGGCGAGCCUACUCAGCUCGAAAUCGGAAGCUCGUCGUCCAAAUGAUCUGCACGAUUGCAAAUUACGAGUACAUUUUCAACUACAACUUCUAUACAGACGGCAGCAUACAAACAGAGGUGCGACUCACGGGUAUCCUCAACCUAGCUCUCAAACGAGAAGGUGAAGCGGAAGUCAAUCCUUAUGGAGUUGAAGUCGCACCAUCAGUGACUGCGCAGCUACAUCAGCACAUCUUUUCGCUCAGAAUCGACCCAAUGAUCGAUGGACAUGAGAAUACUAUUGUGCAGUCCGACGUGGUUCCUACGGCGGCACCCGUAGGCAGCUCUUCCAACUACCUGGGCAAUGGCUUCAGACAGUCAUCUUCCAAUAUCACCAAAGCAGGUGGUUAUGACUGGGAUGCCACGAAGCACCGCACUUUUUCCAUUGUCAAUACCAAGCGUCGUCAUUUCGCGUCUGGAUUGCCUGUCUCAUACCGUAUCCAUACCCGAGACUACGAGACACUCGCGCCUCACCGUGAUGCCAUGGUGACCAAACGAGCUCGAUUCGCCACGAAAGCCUUGUGGGUCUCGCAGCAUAAUGAAGAACAGCUUUGGCCGGCCGGCAAAUACGUACCACAGCAGAGGGACACGGCCAAAGACGACAUUUCUCACUGGGUCGAAGACAGUCACAAUGUCGAGAAUGAAGACUUGGUUGCCUGGGUCACUUUUGGCAUUACACACGUUCCACGGCCGGAAGACUUCCCCAUCAUGCCCGUCGAGCACCUCGCUGUCUGGCUCAAACCAGCCAACUUCUUUGCGUGGAAUCCAGCCAUGGAUCUGCCGCAAAUGAAGGACACGGUGUCACGGAAGGUCAUUGCAAACGGAACGGAGACAUAUGGCAAUGCCUCAAACGCUCAACCAGCAUCAUAGAGGUCUGGGUCGGGUCACGGGCUGUAGAAUAGGGACGUCAUACUUCGAUCGACAGUGGCAAUUACGAGUGUUGAAAUAGAACAGCGACGCAUUUACGCGAUAACAUAACAUUCAUAGUCUCCACUGU